AAAGCAGAGGAGAGAGCGCCGGUGAGAGAGACGGAGAGAGAGAGGAAGCAGAAGAGAGAUGCUAUGACGAACCUCUCAAGUCUAGUCCACGAGCUUCGUGAACGCAUCGCUGCUUCAUCAUCAACGUCUCCGACGAAUAGAGAGGACGAUGCACUGGAGGUCAAAUUUCGCACUGUUCUUCCCAAUCUUCUCGACACCUACGUCGUCGCUUCUUCAUCAGCCAAUGAGAGAGAAGUUAAGGCGAUAUUAAGGCUUUUGACUCACACAGCGAAGUUCUUUCCUGGAGUUUUCUACCAUGGCAAGGCCACUGCAGUCAUACCUAUAAUCGGUCGCAUAUUACCGUUCUUUGCCGAACCUGCAUUCCUCUCUAUACAUGGAGUGAUUUUUGAAACAAUCAGAGCCCUUUUAUCCUUGCUCCGAACAGGAGAUCGAGAUGCCUAUCGUCAGUUCUUUAUGGAUUGCAUGUUGGUUGUUGAAGAUCUUUUGAAUGUGGCUUCCUGUUGUCACAAGGUAAGCACUAGGGAAUCAAGCAAAGUAUCAUUGAAGUGUUUCUGUGAGUCCUUUGCUGGACUUUCUAGUGAUCCUGGCGUUAGUGAUCUCCCAGCAUGCAACAGACCUGGCUAUGGCUACGGUAUUUUGAUCAACCUCACAAGCAAACAAAGGUGGCAGCCUUUUGCUACUUGGGUUAUUAAGCUUCUCUCUAAGUGCUUAAUUGAAGGGACUCUAUAUGUUGAAGGACUAAUCAAUGCUUCAUCUGUUUUGGCUGCAUGCACUCUGUUGUGCUAUGGAGAUGCUGAUUUGCAUAUGGCAUGUUUUGAUUUUGCAAGCAUCAUUGGAGCGGACCAAGCAGUCAUGAAUUAUGAAAUAGUUCCUAGUGGAAAAUUGAUUCAGUCGAUAUCCACUAUACUAAGUGAAGAUAAGGACGGACUUCCAGUUUUCAGAAAUACGACUUAUGAUUCAUCCAUGGGUAGAUGCCUUCAUGUCCUGCACUCCGGUUGUCUUGAUGGUGUGGUCAAGUUGACAGCUGCAGAUUUAGUUAAUGUCUUUCCUCGGGCAAUACAAAAAACAAAAAGUACAGAACUUAAGGCUGCAUUGUGCAGUGCAUACGUUCGAAUUGCUAAAAGUUGUCCCCUACAUAUCUGGAGGCCAGACUCUCUUAUAUUUAUGCUUUGUUCCUCCAAAACCUUCCUCCCAUUGAUAGAUUGCUUUCAAGUAGCUCUAUCUAUACUUGGUCCUGAUCUUAUAGGAGAAGGGAUUGCCAAUGAUGGAAAUACGGGUUUAUCAAUCUCAAGAGAAAUUGGUUAUGACAGCUUUGGAGUUGGAGAGAAAAGACCAGUUCAGGACGCAGACACUUUCAAGAUAAAGCGGCAGAAGGUCGAUGAAAAAUCUAUGGAUUCUAAAUCCAAUCCUGAGGAUGUGAACAGGUUUAAUUAUAGAUUUACUUGUGAAGGGAAUAAAGAAUAUGUUGAUUAUAUGCGCACAUCCCUUCAUUUGUUUGUUGAACUUCUGAAACCUCCCGGUGACAAAUAUAAUUCAUUAGCGCCAGAAGUGGCCUUAUCAGCUCUUAGCACGCUCUGCAUUGUUUUUUGUGAACACCCAUUUACAAAUCUAUCACUUUGUAUCCGCCGGCAGAUGUGUGAGUGGAUUCCCUGGAUAUGUGAGCAGGCAAAGCAAGGAAUUUCAAUCACAGUUGAUCUUUGCAUCUUUCUAGAAGCAAUGCAUACUGCAUUGCUCGUGGAAAGCUUCCUUCCCCAGGAGAGUAAGCUUUUCAGAAGUAAGGAUGAUGGUGCAGAUCUCAUGCAGCUGGUGCUAAAGCUUCCGUGGACCCAUUCUCUUGUACUUUCUGAACCCCAUCCACCAUGGAAAGCAAAAUGUCUCUCUGUCCAAGUUUUGUCCAAGAUUGGACCUAUAUCACCAAGUGGAAGUGUUCUUGAAGUUCUGGAUCUAGGUCUUCAUGAUGAAGCAGAAGAAGUCAGAAUUGAAGCUGUGAUUUCUAUGCCUGUGCUUGUCUUGUGGUCUGAUUUUGGUAUGCUGCCACAAAUGUUCAAAAGGCUGGAGUUUUUGGGAAAUGAGAAUAACAAGAAAAUUAUGAAAAUCAUUCCCAUCUCUCUUGGUUAUUUGGCAUGCCUCUAUGGAUCUUGUAAUGGUGUGGCUGGUUUGUCUGAAAGUGAAUGCAAAAUAUUCUUGAAGGAGAAUGAGAAACACAAUUGGACGGUUGAUCACAUAUUGCGAGGAUUCUGGUGUUUGAAGUGUGACAGAAAAGUUGUAAACAGUUGUGGUGUAUACUCUAUAAUUCUGCAUCCACAUGACAUUCAGCGUAUGAAUUUUGGUUUGGAUUGUGAUUAUGUACAUCUGCAGUCCGUCUUUUUCAAGUUCCUAUAUGAUGAGUCAUCAGAAGAGGUUCAAAUCGCCUGUGUUGGAAUACUUGGUCGGAUCCUUGUCCAUGGGACUAACGAUAUUCUGCUUCAAACAAGAUCUGAAUGGAUAGAAUGUGUUGACUUCCUACUCCUUCACAGGAAGAAGGCUGUAAGAGAAGCAUUCAGCGCACAGAUUAGUUUCUUCCUUGAGGAGCCUGUUUUAAAUUCUUUGUUUUUUGACGGGGAGGCAACAAAUAAAGGCAAAGAAGAGAAGUUUUUGGACAAAAUAAAACAUGCUCUGGCAGCAACUGGCGACCCUGAGAUAUUUGAGACUCUUCUUGAAGCCACAGCAGAGAUUAUGAUUGGAGUUAAUCUAUGCAGUCAGAUUUUCUUAUUCUCUCUUAUUUUAUUGGUUGAUCAGCUUGAUAAUCCCCUUGUGACAGUGAGAAUGACUGCAUCAAGAUUGAUACAUAGGUCUUGCUCUUUCCAUUUUAAAGGAGGAUUGGAAAUAAUCCUUUCAAAAGUUGGUCAGAUUCGGAAUGAACUGUAUGAUUAUCUUUCUGUGAGGCUUGCAGGUCGACCAAAAAUGGCCGAAGAGUUUGCAGCAGCUGUUCUUGGUGUUGAAAUUGAAGAACUCGCCAGGAGAAUGAUUCCUGUUGUUCUUCCAAAGCUCGUGAUCACUCAACAGGACAAUGAUCAAGCAGUCGUCACCCUGUAUGAAUUGGCCAAGUGCCUGAACACAGACAUGGUGCAACUGAUAGUUAAUUUUCUACCAAAAGUGCUUGCUUUUGCUCUCCAUCGAGCUAAUGGGCGAGAAUUGCACUCUGCUUUGCAGUUUUACCAUGAGCAGACAGGAUCUGACAACCAAGAAAUUUUUGCAGCUGCAUUACCAGCGCUUCUGGAUGAACUUGUAUGCUUUAUUGAUGAAGAUGAUUCAAAUGAAAUGAGCAAAAGGUUGACAAGGGUACCUCAGAUGAUAAAAGAAGUUGCAAGAAUCUUGACUGGUAAUGAAGAUCUUCCAGUCUUUUUGAGGAAUCAUUUUGUUGGUCUACUUAACAGCAUUGAUAGGAAAAUGCUCCAUACAGAUGAUACGUCGCUGCAGAAACAUGCUAUGAAACGCAUAGAGAUGCUGAUCAAUAUGAUGGGUUCUCACCUUUCAACUUAUGUCCCAAAACUUAUGGUGCUUCUCAUGCAUGCGAUAGGUAAGGAAGCACUUCAGAGUGAGGGGCUUGCUGUCUUGCAUAUUUUCAUUAAGCAAUUGGCAAAGGUGUCACCAUCUAGCACUAAACAUGUGAUUUCUCAAGUUUUUGCUGCUCUUGUACCCUUCUUGGAGAGAGAGAACGAGAACGAGAACGAGAACGAGAACGAUUCUUUGCAAUUGGCUAAAAUUGUGGAAAUCUUAGAAGAGCUUGUAUCUGAGAACAGGCUCAUCUUAAAGGAGCACAUCCGCGAGUUCCCUCCUUUGCCCAGCAUUCCUGCCCUAACAGAAGUGAACAAAGUCAUACAGGAAGCANGAACUCUUCUUUGCAAUUGGCUAAAAUUGUGGAAAUCUUAG